AUGCUGAUCGCUUUAUUAGGCCUUCUGGCGUUGUCCCCCUCUGUCGCUGCCAAAGGCGUUUCAAAUCCAGCUAUCUGCGAAAACCAAAACACCGCUUUUUUUGUCAUCGACAAUGCCGUUCUGAAAUCGGAUGAUUUGACUGUUUAUGACGAAACGUCGGAAGAGGAUUGCUCUCGAAUUUGCUCUAACAACCGCGAUAAUUCGGGACGCUCAAUCCUUUGCGCUUCGUUCAGCUACGAUCACGCGAAAUUCUCUUGCACUAUCUACAAAGAGAAGGCGAGCCCGGUGGGAACCGGCGAGCUUCAAACCAUUAUUGGAAAGCGAUACUUUGAAAAAAUCUGCUUGCCACAGAAUGUGCCAGUGCAGUGCGCCGAGAGCCAAUUUAUUCGCGUCGACGACAGCGUGCUCGUCGGCUAUGCCGCAAACUUGACUUUAGUUGAUAGCAUGGAGCUCUGUGUUGCUCAAUGUGUUCAAGAGGAGGGCUGCAAAUCGGCAAUGUUCUUCUAUGAGGAUGGAGAAUGUAUUACUAACAAAGAAUCUGCUCUAUCAAAACCAAUGGCAUUCACGAAAGAAGAGAAUGACAAGGUCGUUUAUUUCCAAAACGGAUGUGACCUUAGCAAGCUUGCUGAAAUUUCUGCAGAAGAAAAGUCAUCAGAAGCUUCUGGCAAUGUAGAAGAUGAAGUUCCGGCUGAAUCAAUCACUUUGAUUUCUGAGACGACUCCAAAGACUGAAGAAGAAUUUACCGAACCUCAAGAGACUGAUGAGGAAGAGGCUGAAUAUGAAGGCAUUGAAAUGCUUCACAAUAGUGGUUUACAGAAAUUUUUAGAUGAUGAGGAGGAAGAGUUCGAGGAAGAGGAAACCACUACCACCACUACAACCACCACUACUGAAGCUCCAAAGAAAAAGAGUAUAAAGAGCUUACAAAAAAAAUUCAAGAAGCAUCCAAAGAACUUUGCUUCGAAGACAUUAAAGGCAUUGAAACGAGAGAAAACUGUUAAGCCAAGUAGAAAAACGUUGAAAAUCAAGAAAGUUAUUGAGGAUGAUGGAGACGAGGAGGAGAUUGUUGAGGAAUUUGAAAAGAAGGAAAAGCAGGUUGACUACUUUUCGGAGUGGUCGGACUGGACACCGUGCACUAAGAGUGGAGAGCGUCAAAUCCGUAGAAGGCGUUGCUUGGACCUUCGCAAAUGCUUGGGAGCCCUCAUGCAGGUUCAAAACUGUCCAGCAAUUCUUCCAACCACUACCGUUGAAAGCGUUGAAUCAGUUCGUUCAAUUGUCGGAGUUGAUGGUGAUGAUUAUGAUGACACUUUCACCACCUUCCAAAAUGAAGAUCAUCCACUUCUUCAAGAGCAACAAGCUCCACAACUUCUCAACGAGCAGGUGUGGGGACCAUGGCAAGGAACUUGCCAACAAUUUGCAUCGUCUCAACCAUGUAAUAAUGGAAACAUGAUUGGAUUCGAAUCCCGCGAAUGCAUCGCCAAGGACCCAACCCAAUGCGAAGGACCAUUCUUCCGUUACUGCACAUUGUCUUGCUAA